CUGAAGAAAGGAGCAUACAUUUUCACAGAUUCUCUGACAAUGAUUCUGCUUUCUCUAUUAAUAAUAAUCACAGGCUGCAGAUGGCUUACAUUUAAAUGCAAGUCUCCUCUGGAACUUUCAUCUCUGCAGCCCAUCCAAGAAUGCAUUCGGUGCAAUUACAUUUAAAAAACAAAUUUGAUUGUGAUUUAAAUGCAAAUAAGUGUCUGACACGUAGACUGCUUCCCCCUCCUAAUGCACGCACCCGCUGUCUAAAGUGCGACUGCUUGGAGAGCCCUCCAGCCUGGUCCACCGGAGCAGCUCGGGAUGUCGACCAGGCUGGGCUCAGAAGCCAGCUGUUGGCGCUGUCCGUGGUGCUGAGGAAUUCCCGGCUGCGGGCAGAAUGAGCUCCACAUCAGCACUCUGCAAACUGCUCUCAGCGAUGCGGAAACCCAGCUAAAGUUGCUUCUUCCCUUCACGUCCACAGUUAGCAUCCUUUGGUGUGUCAGAGGGGAUGGAAGCCGCCCACUGUGGACGAUGCUGACGGUCCUGGCGGCGGAGCGGGCUUUAAGCUACAUUGUGCUACUGCUGCUGUCCGUGAUGCUCACUGGCUAAAACCACCUCUCCUGCCGUAGCAAACAUUGUGCAAGUGAACUCAUGUGUGGAAGAGGCGUAAUCAGCCUGGAAAUUUCAUAGAAGGAUCUGAGAACAUGCUAAAAAUAAGUUCAACAUGAUUCUGCUCCUGGGGUCUGGAUUUCCACGGGACCAGCGUUGCUUCUCGCUUUGAAUUCUGAAGCAGAUUAUCUUAUGUGUGUGCUGUUUCCCUCUGGAAGGGUGGGAGACUGCUUCUUGGCUGUGUUUUUGAAAUGGGAGGUAGAGAGAAUGGAUUGCCUUUAAUUCAUGCCUGAAAAUGAAUUCUUUGGGUGAUUAACGCUGAGGUGCUUUGCUAACACACACCUGACCUUUCAGUUCAAAUUGGUCCGUGACCCCCACCACCAUUGCCCUCCAGAGUGACUAGCCUACCCCUCUCGUGUUCCAAUGGAAGGAGCUGAGUGUGUUUAACAUUGGGAGCACAUCCAGAGGCUUUUGAGGAGGGGGAUGGCUCUUCAUCUUCAUGAAGCUUGCAUACUUCUCUUGGUCAUCCUUGGAUUAGUCACCUCUGCUGCCAUUAGUCAUGAAGACUAUCCUGCUGAUGAAGGUGACCAGGCCUCCAGUAAUGACAACCUGAUCUUUGAUGACUAUCGAGGGAAAGGGUGUGUGGAUGACAGCGGCUUUGUAUACAAAUUGGGAGAGCGUUUUUUCCCAGGACAUUCCAACUGCCCAUGUGUCUGUGCUCUAGAUGGACCUGUUUGUGACCAGCCAGAAUGCCCAAAAAUUCACCCAAAGUGUACUAAAGUGGAACACAAUGGAUGCUGUCCUGAGUGCAAAGAAGUGAAAAACUUUUGUGAAUAUCAUGGAAAAAUUUACAAAAUCUUGGAGGAAUUUAAGCCCUCUCCAUGUGAAUGGUGUCGCUGUGAGCCCAGCAACGAAGUUCACUGUGUUGUAGCAGACUGCGCGGUUCCUGAGUGUGUCAACCCCGCCUAUGAACCAGAGCAAUGUUGUCCUGUCUGCAAAAAUGGGCCAAACUGCUUUGCAGGAACUACAAUAAUUCCGGCUGGCAUUGAAGUGAAAGUGGACGAAUGUAACAUCUGUCACUGUCACAACGGGGACUGGUGGAAGCCUGCUCAGUGCUCAAAGCGAGAAUGCCAAGGCAAGCAGACUGUGUAGGACAAAUUCCCAACCAAUGACACGUUCUGAGGACAGGAUUCUGUGGCUUCUACAGUGCACACAUUUAACACUAAACAAAGCAAGCAAACAAACUCCUGCCAGCUACAACAGGGUCACCAGCAAAACCUCUCACGGUUGACAAAAGUGAAUAUUUUACUAAGAGGAAACUUCUCUCUUUUUCUCUUGCUAUAUAAAAUAUAUGUAGUAUGUAGCUAUCUAAACCGCUUUUGUAAUUACCAAUGCUUGAUGGUGACUUGAAACCAGAUCUUGGAACAAAAAGAAUGAAACAGCCUUGCACAGGCUCCUUCCUUGGUCAUGCUCCUGACCUGCCAGCUCACAGAACCUUGACUUACUCCAUGUUCACUCUUCUGUACAUCCUACAUUUUUCUUUUGUAAGAUUAUUUUCCAAUGUUAGAAUCUAAAGGGGCCAGACUUCGCUGCACAACAAGGCUUUUGAGUUGCAUCAAAAGGAUUUAAAAAGAAACACUGGAGGGAAGGACCCUUUCUGAGGGGAAAGACGCAAGAACAUCCAACCAAUGGCUCCCCCGGAGUGGAUAUCAUGCCCUGUGAGCUAGGAAACAAGGGUGAACGCUAGACAAACUGGACCCUAUGCUGGACAGGGUGGGGAACUGAUAUUUUGUCCAAUCUGUGGGGGCUCACUGUUGAUUCUUACAAGCCACAUAUUUCAUUCACAAAACUGUGAAACUGCCAAUCAAAACUGAAUAGGUGAAGAUGACCAUGAGCUUGGUUGAAGAAUCCAAAGAGACAGGUAUAGAAAAUUGUAGCAUUAAUCGCCAGACUUGGUGAUGCUGACUUUCAGUUCGGUUUGUAACUAAACACUAUAAACCCACUUUGUCACCGGGCAAUAUAAACACCAGAACCAGGGUGAGUACCCCACUGUGAACCCAUCUUUCUAAACAUUUUUGACUUUUAAGUUCAAAUUUGGCUGAAAGCCAGUCAUACACAUAGGCAGUUUUUCUGGCUCGGGACUAUGUUUGCCGUGUUACAGUAACAACCGCUCGGCCCUAAGUCUCAACUCCAAAUUCAGGACACUCUUUCCACCUCAAGUGCUGAUUUAAAUUACAAGAUUAGGGUAGAGUGAGUCUUGCACAAUAUAAUUCCAUUUGUUGAACAUUUUUUUAAAAUGUAUAUAUUAGAUACUGAACUAUUAAAGUGAACCUUUGAAGAGUCUCAAGGCUGCCCUGGUAAUGCUGCUAGUAUAGUAACAGAAAAAAAAAAAAAAAGAAAUACACAGGGUAUCUGAUGCCACCUUGAUUCAAGUGCAAAGUU